AUGAUGAUUCUCACCGUGCCUAUGGUAUCUGCCCUGGAGCACGCCAUUUGCGCUCGACAUUAUCACGAUAACAUUCCGACAUCCGAACUCUGCAAAGCUCCUGUAAUCCAGAGAAAAUUGUCCGAGAUCCGAGGCUGGGCAGCAUCCUUUGAGACAUUCUCGGUCACUAAUUCUGUACUGCCCAUUAAGCUGGUGUGGGCUUCUUCUGUCUUCCUCCUUGUGGGAGGAGGAAGGUAUGCUGCUGAAAUGCUACUUGCUGCCAUGGUUGCAAAAGCAUGCACCGAGGAGACAAGGACUCGGGGUCUCUACUACUUCUACUCGUGUUUCAUCUUUAGCGAGUUAGUAGGUCCUCCAGUGGCAUCUGUUGCUGCUGACAUUUCACCUUGGCUGCCCUUCCUCAUUAGCUAUCUCUUACUAUUUUUUACCUUUCCCCUCCUUUUGGUCAUGCCAAAGGAUUACAUAGCUCCAUCCUCAGCGACCAUUAACUCCGCUGAGGACCUACCAGCAUCUUACGACCAAGGUCACGGUAUCCUGCGGGCAGCUCUCCAUGCGCUCUUCGAUCAAAUUCAUCUUCUCCGCUUCAUGCUCUCGAGUCACAAUAUGUGCUUGGCGGCAGUCGUAUUUCUUAUCAGCACAUUUAGAGGCAUCUCACUCCGUGCUCUAGUACAGUAUGCAUCUUCUCGUUUUGAUUGGAAGCUUUCGAGGACAAAUGCUCUCAUUGGCGAAGUUGCUCUUGUUAACUUGAUCUUAUUCUUUUUCAUUAUGCCUGCUUUGUUACGAAUCGUUAGCAAAUACCUGAAGUCCACGCCCCAGGUCCUGAAUCUCGGAAUUGUGAGGGCUAGCCUGUCGCUGCUCUUCCUGGGGUCACUAUUGCUUGGCUUUGCCACAAACUCGGCCUUUUUGAUUGCGGCAACCAUGAUCUACGGCCUCGGAUUUGGUGCCCGCUCGACACUGCUAUCACUCGUUACCUCAUGGAUCGACCCUCAACGCGCCGGCACCCUUUUCAGCGCCGUAUUUCUCAUCGAGCAAAUUGGUAUGCUCGGGGGAGAGCCACUCGUGCAGAACGUGCUUGGGAUUUCCCUUGGGCUAGAAGAUCCGUGGAAGGGCUUGCCGUUCAUAUGCACUGCAGUAAGGCUCGAGCCCCUUAAAGCUUUCGACGAUUUAACAAACGACCAAGGCAUUCUAUUUAAUUGGCAUCGUUUGCAUGUUUUCGAUGAAAAUACAACAUGA